CUCAAUCCACAUGGUUUUUAGUUACCAUCCCCAAAUUUGUUCCCUCGAUAACACAACUUACUUCAACACAAAUGCAUAGAUAGCCCCCCACUCUUUCUCUCUCUCCUCUAUUCUCAGCUAAAAAACCUGACAUAACAAGUUCCUUUCUCUGUCUUCUACAACCAAAUAUAUAUAGUUGCCCUUUUCAUUAAAACCAAGAACAAACUUAUUCAAUGAUAUAAAUAAAUGACAGCAACGUUAACUGAGACCUUGCAGUGCUUGCACCAUUCAUAUGAAGGUGUGUCCAUGGAAAACUACAGGUAUGGCAGCACAAGCGUGAGUGAGAUAGAGGAAGAGAACUCUUCACAGUCACAGUUAUACUUACAUGAUGGUCCUUCUAUGGGGACUAUUAAUGAAGACAACGAAGGUGAAGAAGACACUGUUUAUGUAGCAGUUGGUAAGAGUGAAACUAGCAUGGAAGCCCUCUCAUGGACACUAAAAAACUUGGCUACUCCAUCUACCAUGGUCUAUCUCAUACAUGUAUUCCCAGAGAUCAAGCACAUUCCAAAUCCAUUGGGAGUGGGAAUGGUUCCAAAGGACCAAGUGAGUCCUGAACAGGUGGAGAGCUAUAUGGCCCAAGAAAGAGGUAAGAGGAGAGAGCUCCUUCACAAGUUCCUCCAAUCAUGCUCUAAUUCCAAGGUUCAGGUGGACACCAUCCUGAUUGAGAGUGAUUUGAUUGCUAAGGCUAUCAUCGACCUGAUUCCCAUACUUCAAAUAAGAAAACUAGUGAUUGGAGCCAACAAAUCCCAAUUAAGAAAAUUAAGAUCAGGGAAAGGGAAUGGCAUAGCUGAUCAGAUACUUCAGAAUGCACCACAAAGUUGCAAGGUGAGAAUUGUAUGUGAAGGGAAGGAAGUAAAUGAAAAGAUAACUCAUGCCAUUGCUAAUGAUACUUCCUUGUCCCUGAAAGAAGAAGAUCUGCAAAAUGAUUCAGUUUCAUGUGUUUGUUUUAACUUUUAAGCCCAAGUUUUACAUAACCACUGUGUGUGACUGUGAAUUGCAGCACAAGGGAUAGCUCCCUCAAUAAAUAUUGGUUUUAGAUUUUAGACUUUGAAAGAUCAACAUUGUAGAUUAAAAUGAAUGUAUCAAAUACCUUAAGAAACUUUUCAUACGACAUCACCAGUUUAUAAUUUGGUUGGGCUGCUAAUGUUUUUAUCUUAUGGUAGUCCUUAUUGUAUAUAAGAACUGUAAGCUA